AUGGUUGUGCAGUUUCAAUGCUCUGAGACCACAGCCAACACUUUUGCCACUGGUGGUCUAAAUGGACCUAAACCAUUCCGAAAAGACAUUGACUAUUUGGAAGAGCUGAAUGAAGAGGAAUUUGAGAAAUUUAAGAUGCACCUGGAGGACUACCCAGUAGAGAAGGGCUACAAGCCUAUUUGCCGCUCCAAGACUGAGAAAGCUUCCCACAUUGAAAUAGCCCGAUACAUGAUUGAGGCAUUUGAUGAUACCAAGGCCGUGAAGAUGACCGUCAGCAUUGUAGACAGAAUAAAUAAAAAGGAUCUGGCAGCAAGAAUCCGAAAGGAGAUGCCGGAAUAUUUCCUUCCAAAACCAUCCACCAUGACCAAGAAAGAAAAAAAGGAACGAGAAAAGACAAUACUGUCGAAUCUACAUGACAAGUUUUUUGGGAUCCCAAAGAAAGGUUAGUUGCUGCUGAAUGUAUUAAUGUGUUCCUAAAUAAAAGUUUUGGGGCUGCUGCAGCAAGAAGGACAAAGAAGAUUGAUCUGAACGCUUGCCCCAGUUUGAAUUGCUGUGCAUCUACUUGCCCCUGCGUUAGCGCUUCCACUACCUGAGGCACCUCCCACUCCAUUUAACAAAUGCAUUGGGGAGGGGAGAGGUAGGUGUUAUUAGGCAAGGCAGUCAUGUCAGUGCUUCACUUAAUGGCCAUCACAACCUGAGACUAUAAUGGACAAGCUCCAUUAUGGUCA